UUUAUUUCAUUUCAAAGUUUUUCAAUUACGUGUUUUUUCUGAUUUACUAAAAGCAAUAACAGUUUUUCAUAAGUACCUAAAUAUUUUCUUAUUAUGUAUAUUAUUAGACGAUAUUAAAAUGGCAUUUAUACUUCCAGAUAAUAUACUAGACACUUUACUCUGCAGUUUUUGCCAUAAGUAUUUAUCUGUGAAACCCGUAAAGAUUUAUCCAAACAGGCUUAUACAAUGUGGAAGAUGUGUUGAAAAUAAGGAACAUUCAAUCUAUAAAUUAAAAGGGGUAGAAUCACUAUUUGGAAGAAUUGCUCAAAAAAUUUUAUUUAAAUGUGUCAACAGGUUUGAUGGUUGUCGAGAAUUGUUAACAUAUUCCCAAGUGCGAGAUCAUGAACAGGCAUGCUUGGAAAAAAAUCAUAGGUGUCCAAUUUGUUAUGAAGAAAUGGCGAGUUUUCUGAUGCUGCGACACUUUUAUUCCAACCAUAAAUAUGCUGUAUUGGAUUGCCCUGCAUUUGUUUUCAAUUUGAAGGAUCAUUUAGAAAUGCCUAGUGUUUAUUUAUAUCAAGAGGAAGAUAAUUUGUUUUUUCUGUAUAUUAGUUAUAGAAAGUCGGAAAAUGCAAUCAAAUUAGAUUUAGUUUAUAUGGGGUGCUCUAAACUCGCUACAAAUAUAUACCAUCAAUUUACUGUACGUAGUGAAAAGAAAGAAUUUGAUAUUGUAUUGGAUCCAAAACCAUGCACUAAUGAUUUUUUUGUUGUGGAUGUAUUACAUAUGUCAAAUUUGAUACAGAUUAAAUUUAAAAUAAUUGAUCACAAUUUAAUGGUUUUGACGGCACCAGGAGUUAGUAAUGCUGUGGGGAAACAUAUACUUCAAAACCCAGAGUCAAUAAGUAAAAAUGCUCCACACGAGAAACAAAUUGGAAAAUAUCUAUCAAAAUUUAAUCAAAAAUGUAUUAAAUGCCAAGCGUUUUGCAUUUUUUCAUUGACUAGAUGUCCAAUUCUGACUUACUACACGAACAUUUACGAAUACAAUAACUAUAUGUGUUACUAUUGUUACAACUACUUCAAAUCUGAUGAGUGGCUGAUCUGUAAAGUUUAUUUUAAAAUACUAAUUCCCAUUAAUAUAUUUGAGACAAUGGAGUUUUUCAAAUGGUAUUGUCGUAAUUGCUGUAGCGAGAUUAAAAUUUCAGAUAUACAAGCACAUGAAAUAAACUGUAAACGAGGUAGACAAUUUACUUGCCCUAGAAGAAAUUGUUGUGAAAAAGGAACUGCUAACCACAUCAGCAAACAUUUGAAAGAUCGCCAUUAUUGUAUGGCAUUUGGGUCUCAAUUUAAAUUACCUAUAAAUUUUUUCAGAUGUUAUGUAUUUGUAAGGGAGUAUAUUGUAUUUUUACAUGUAACUCCUACAUCAGAUUUUGCCAGUCUUGAACUUUACGAUAUUCACGUGGAACUAGUAACAAAAAAUGAUGAAAAAAUACCAUAUGCUUUGUUUUUUAAUAAUAACAAUGAACUUUUAACGGGUGGUUUGAAGUUAGCAUCUUGCAGUGAAGUAUUUGUAAAAGUUAUUAUAUAUUAAGUAGUUAAACUAAAUACUAAUAGUAAAACUAAUAAUAAAGGAGGUACCUCAAUUAUGCAGCAAGUGUCACUGUUUUCUCCCUUAAGGGCACCCGAAGUCCCAUUUAACGACAAUGUUAACAUAAUGUCAACUAUCUCUGUAACCAAAGCACUUAGAGACCUAUUUUUUUAUUUAUUUUGAAACUACAUGUAUUGUUUGGUUCCGCUUAGAUUUUUGUAAAGUUAGAGUGAAAAAACAUUUAUUUUAAAAAUGUUUAAAAUACUUUUACAAAAAAACCCAAAAAAGUUUAAAUUUUAUUGUUUAUUUUACUUGUUUUUGUACAUUUUUUAAUAAAACUUUUCUCGAU